AGGGGGUUAUGGGAGGGCUCUGGCAUCCGGGAUGGAGGCGCGUCGCUUUCUGUGGCUGGCGCUGGAUCCACCCUGGGUCUCUAGCCAGGGCUGCAGAGAGGGUAGAGCCGUUUCUUAGGCCAGAGUGGAGUGGGACAGGAGGUGCCGAGAGACGACUGUGGUGGCUUGGGACAUGGAAGCGCUGCAGCCUUCGAGCCCGGCAUCCAGUAUUGCAGCCGCCGCGGCGGCCUGAGAACUCGAACCCUCUCACGCGCGCGCAGCAGGAGGAGCGGCGGAGGCGGAACAAGACGACCCUCACUUACGUGGCCGCUGUCGCCGUGGGCAUGCUGGGGGCGUCCUACGCUGCCGUACCCCUUUAUCGGCUCUAUUGCCAGACUACUGGACUUGGAGGAUCAGCAGUUGCAGGUCAUGCCUCAGACCAGAUUGAAAACAUGGUGCCUGUUAAGGAUCGAAUCAUUAAAAUUAACUUUGAUGCAGAUGUGCAUGCAAAUCUCCAGUGGAACUUUAGACCUCAGCAAACAGAAAUAUAUGUGGUGCCAGGAGACACAGCACUGGCGUUUUACAGAGCUAAGAAUCCUACUGACAAACCAAUAAUUGGAAUUUCAACAUACAAUGUUGUUCUGUUUGAAGCUGGACAGUAUUUCAAUAAAAUACAAGCUUCAAAGCUGCACAGAGUCUACCCUUUAGAGAAUUGGCACCUUUGA